AUGGGUACCACGACUGUUACCCUGCCGUCCGCUUCCGUUGCACUGGGCUUUAACACGGCUGCUACAACGAAUGCCAAUGUCCGGACGACCGAGGGGGUUGUUUCGGCGACGGGAACUGCUUCUCACAGCGAAACUGCGACAACGACUGGCGCGGCGGUGAGUGCAACGAAGACUGGCGGUGCGAGCGAGGUGUUUGGGCACCGUAAUUCUGGCCUGAUUGUGGGCGCCGCAAUGUUUGGCAUAUCUUUCUUAUCCAGUGCAUUGGUAUCUGCGUUCUAG